CGAGGUUACGUAGUGGAGCACCUACGGUCGAGUCUUGUCAGGUGCUCGGGGCCUCGUCCAUCCACUGAUAUUCGAUCCAGGAUUCCACCUCAUGGUCCCAUCCGGUCCGCCAGCCAACCUCAUACCAUCUUCAUCUCAUCAUCGCGAACCAUUAUCCGGCCUUAUAGGCGGUGAGAGCUCACGGUAAGGCAGCGCGGCUGCUGUGUCAUCUCUCCUGCCUGUUGUUCGCGCGCACAGCCGCAGUCACAGCUAAAGGCGUUCUCCUCUGCAUACGGUGACGACAACCCAGCCAUGGGCAACGGCCCGCCGGAUGAGCCUCAACCCGGCUCAUCGGCCGUGCGCACGAGGCAGAGGCCCGGCGCGCUUCCUCGAGAGGUGAUGGAGCUGCUCGUACCGCCCGUCAAAGUGGGCGCCUGGACCGGUGCCGUGGGAGUCUUGGCCGGCGUGGGAGGAGCAAUUGCAAGAGACACGAACCCCUUUGCCAGCGGCAUCUUAUCCGGGGCCCAGUGGUUUACGCUGGGAACGAGCUACUGGUUCACGAGGACGGUGGCGAUACGGGCGCUCGGCGGCGACGACCACGUUGGGCCAGCCGACAGGAUCAAGGCGAGCGCCAUUGCCGGCUCCGCCACCGGCGCAGUGGCUGGGCUUAUGAGAGGGCCGCCCAAGAUCUUGCCGGGCAUAGUACUUUGGGGCCUCGUUGGAGCUGGUGGGCAGCUCGUCGCCAACCGCAUGGCCGCAAAGGAGUCACAGCCGCGGGGCGACUCGAGCGGCUGGGCGUGGAGUCCGCUAAAGAAGCUGACUGAUGAGCAAUACAUUGACAUGAUGGGCGAGAAGAUUCUCAAGGUCGAGGUGGACAUUGCCCUCAUCAACGACCGCAUUGCGGAGCUCAGGGCACAGGCCGCAGAGAAGACGCCAAGAGCAAAGGAGUCAGAGAGCGGACAUGGCGGCAGAGGAGUGUGAGACCGCAAUGUAGGAUAUCAGUGUUUGAUUCAGACGGACGCAUGACGCGAAGGUGGUGUACAGAGCAUGGGACACGGCGCACUUGGUUUAGACGGCGUGGUGUUCAAGAAAGAAUAUGAUACCCAGGGCGUCCGAAUUCCAUGGGGCUUGUGGCAUUGGCGUUGGUCGUGAGUGGUUGACGUGGGGGAACUGUGGUCGGACAGACGAGCGGCGGCUUCGAUUCCAAUGCAACAUCUGGCGUAACACGAGUGAGACGCAGCGGUGUGCUGAUGACUGGCUAGAUGUAGCAUAGCAGCUACGGUCAUCGGAUGGGUGCGUGCUAAAUUAUGCGAGCACUAUGAAUCCCCGGUCGAGCG